ACACACACACACACACACACACACACACACUCAGCCUGUUCAGUUCAAGCGGAUCAUCAGGACCAGCAGGACCAGCAGGACCCGGGUCAACAUGUGGUGGACUUUGUGCGUGCUGUGUGUGUGUUGGGUCUGCUGCACUGGACACAGAACAGCAGAUGGAGCGCCACCGGAGCUCUUCAUCUUCAAUGAGCUGUGUGCCCUGAAGGAUGAUCCGGGACCCUGUAAGGCCAUUAAGGAGCGCUUCUUCUUCAGCGUGGACACGGGCCGCUGCGAGGCCUUCGAGUACGGAGGCUGUGGAGGAAACACCAACAACUUUGACACUUUACAGGCCUGUGAGGAAAUGUGUUUGGUGUCAGUGGAUAAGAACCCGUGUGGUUUACCUGAAGCUGCCGGUCCGUGCAGAGGUCUGGUCAAACGCUACUUCUUUGACACCAGGACUGAACAGUGCAGGCCGUUCUUCUACGGCGGCUGCUUCGGGAACGCCAACAACUUCAGGAGCAUGUCUGCGUGUCAGGCACGAUGUCACAGCAGCGACAAACCCAGUUCAGCCCCAGAGGUCCAGACCCAGGCUCCUCCAAGAACUGAGCGUCUGCAGUCCCCAGUAGGAACUGGGGAAAUGCCAGUGAGUGCAUCUGUGGUGCAGCUGAACGCCUCCCACCCACUACCAAACGAUGGUGGUGUUCCCUCCUGGUGCUUCAGUCCUGCAGACAGAGGAACCUGUGACGGCUCCAGCAGGAGGUUCGCCUUCAACCCCGACACCAGGAGGUGCCACAUGUUUGUGUUCAGCGGCUGUGGAGGAAACCAGAACAACUUCAGCCACCGCAGACACUGCAUGAGGAAGUGCACCGGCAGAACCAAAGAUCGUGGGAUGAAGAUGAUCAGGAUAAGGAAGAAAAACAUGGACAUCGUUUCUCGUUCAGUGUGAGCUGGUGCACUACUGUAGACUCUGUAUUUAUGUCUGUUGGUUGUAUUUUUUUUUUUUUUACUCCUCCAGUGCUUUUGUAAACAUUCUUUCUUGUGCACCUGAAUUUGAAUCAUCACCAGUAUUUCUUUAACAUCUUCAUGACAAAAUGUUUGCUCAUAUUAUGAUCUUAUUAAUAAAAAUGUCAUAUUCUGAUGUUUAAGUUUUUGGUUAAACAAGAAAAUAAAAGCUUCUGUUGCAUAAUUAGGACCGGAUCUACUGAGAUACUGAUUUGUGUGUACUAAUUUGUAGGGCUGUGUAUCAGCAAUAAUCUGACGAUAUGAUACAAAUCGCAAUACUAGGAUCAUGAUACCAUAUAUCACGAUAUAUCAUGAUACUGUUAAAAAGGCAAUU